AUGCCUUCACAACCCCCACUACCGCCCCUCCUCGCUCCAUAUGUAUCAUCUCUACCAGAUGCAUCUUUGACCCUAGUCUCUUCUAUCCUCGGAGCAACUUCAAACUGGCUGGUUUUAAGAUUCUUACAUGCCGCGCUCAGCUCCCAAUCAGCUUCAACAUUCGGCGCAGACGAUCUGCAGAAUGGGAUCAAAAAGAAGGUCGUACUCGUGAGCUUUAUGCGGAGUUAUGAGUUUUGGAAGACAGAAGCAAAGAGACUGGGCCUUGAUCUUACACGUUUAGCAGAGAAGCAUCAAUUUGCUUUCAUAGACGGCCUGUCUGAAUUAUUUUAUCCACAAUCUCCCGCUCCUACCAGCUCACCUGGUAUGGGAAGCAGUCCGCGCACAACGCUGCCUAUGAGAGGUCCACCUGGUGCCGUGCCUGGCAGAGCACCACAGCCAACGGCGCCGGUGGGAACCAUGGGCAAUCCAGCCGCAAAGCAGGAGCCCGGCAUUGCAAAGAAACUUCAUUUCUCUGGCCGCGGGCUAGCCUCCCUUGAUGCAAUGGAAAAGGAUAUUGCCUCGGUGAUUGAACAGCAAAAGACUCAAAUGGAAGAGGGCGACGAGCUGGUCCUUAUCAUCGAUCAGCCUGACUUGCUGCUCGCGACAACAGGCCCCAGUAUGGGCAUUGGAGCUACGGAGAUGUCGGAGUGGAUCACAGGGCUACAGCAGCAUGCUCACGCUACAAUUGUGACAUUGGCUACGGAUACACCCUUGAUCCAUAAUGCAUCUGGUCUAGGAGGGCAAUUGGCUACGCCGAUAGAAACGGAGCAUGCGGCGUUUGCUAUUGGGUUGGCGCAUCGGGCUAGGUCGGUUAUGCAGCUCCGCACUCUGGAGACUGGGGCCGCGAAAGAUGUAAGUGGGGUACUGCGAAUCAGCCGAGGUGGUGGGCUGGGCACUGGUGAAGACAACUUGGAGGAGCGAGAGGCGUUGUACUUCAUUCAGCGCGAUGGUGGAGUCACGGUGUUUGGUCGCGGGGAGUCAUAA